CCUCGCCCUGCCCAUGUUCUCUGCGUGCCUCGGUCCGUCCACCUCCUGACGUUCAAGUUCGCAGGAACGUCACGUCCGCACUUGAACUUGCAGCUCAGGGGGGCUUCGCCGUCCCCCCCCACCUCCCCACAUCACUCUCUCUUUGCGAAAAAGUCAUGAGGAGCUCCGCGCAGCCCGCAGCGCGUUUACGCACCGCGCUCUGAAUGAUCCGCAGCUCGGCCCGCUUUUAUUUCCCCGCACCUGGAUGACAAAACGCAUCAAUGAAGAGAUUUCACUCGGAGUCUACCUUUUAGGAACGGAUUUCCCAAUGUGAACUCAGCUGAAGAGCCGCCGCCAAACCGACCAUGUCUCGCCGCAAGCAAGGCAAACCCCAGCACUUGAGCAAACGGGAGUUUUCGCCUGAGCCUCUCUCAGGUGUUUUACCAGAAGAAGAGUCUCGGGACUCCCCCAGGCUGGGUGUGUCUCAGGGCGAGCCCCUAAAAGGGGACCAGGACCUGCUCACCUGUGGCCAGUGCCACACCCGCUUYCCGCUGGCCGACAUCCUGCUGUUCAUCGAGCACAAGCGGAGGCAAUGCCACGGCAGCCUCUGCGCGGACAAACCACUGGACAGGCCGCCGUCCUCCCCUCUCGCCUCGCCCCUCUCCACGUCCUCGACUCGCUCACGGACCCAGCCCCAGCACCUGCGGCGGGCCUGCCACCCCGUGGAGGUGGCGGUUCAGGUGUCGCCGCUGGAUGAGGAUUGUUUAUCUGCGCCCUUGCAAGGAAUAAUCCCCAAGCAGGAGAGCGUUACAGGUAAARCCUACGUGGAUCUGAAACAAAUCGUGGCAGUGCAAACACACAGAUGAGCAGGGAGAAAAAAUAAGUGGUGUUUGGAGGUUCACAGUUUACUUCAGAAGAAAACAAAUACCCUCUGAGACGUACUUGCUUUGCUUCUGGUAAUUUGGAUGUAUAAAAUCUGCAUAAACAGGGUGUAAAAUAUCAGCUGCUCCAUUUAGGAGCUGUGAAUUUUCCCAGCUGAGUCAUGAACCUAAAUGAAGACCAGCCGUCUUGAAAAUGACUGUGAGAAAGGGAAACAUUUGGAGACAAUGAAAAAGGACGCACACAGACAAAAAAGACAAAUGAAAAAAAAAAAAAGGAACCAGAGGGAAAGAUGGGAUGCAUUUCUUUUGGUUUGUCCUGUAGCACAGAUGUGCUUAAACCCUGUGGACAAAUUCUCUCUGAUGUGGUGCUGGAAGAUGUAUCUCUAUCCUUUACUGGCUUAUUACACUGUCAUCCAGUAUCUCUUUUACCCUCAAAUAUGCGCCUGUAAAGGCUCACUCCUAUUCUAAAAUUAAAAAGCGAUAGAGAAGAAUGUAAUUAUCUGUCAGCAAAGAAGUGUUUAUUUGAGGAACUCUACAGCCACUAAUUGUCAGUGUUUUCCUUGAUUUGAGUAAUUAAGGACUUCUUAAGGCAUCUUGUUGGUUUGUUGGUUGUCCACGGGGGCUAAACGAGGCUGCAGUGAAAACAUGAAUUGCUGUGCAAACAA